AUGGCUCCUCGCAAGCAGCGCGCAAAGCUGGCCCAGUCGGUGUCUGCGACGGCAGUGCUCGAUGAUCCAGACCUCCUCAAGAUCAUCCUCGAAUCCGGCGGAAUCGCUCGCCUCGUUUGCCGCUUUGGCGGGCGGGGCGCAGGCGACGGUCAGCUUCGGCUCGAUGCCCAAACCGGACUCGCACAUUGCGCAAGGCGGGAGCGACUUUUCGUCAGCGACUCAGCCAACAAUCGGGUGGCGGCGCUCCAGACUUCCUCCUCGUCGGCAGAGCUGCUCUGGCUGAGCUCCACGCGCGGCGAGGACUGCGGUGGCAAGUCGAAGAUUCCAUUUCCAACAUCGCUGGCCGUCAUCGGCGACAACAUUGCCGUGAUCAGCGGGAAGCAGCAAAACAAGCUGCUCAUCGUCCCCCUGUGCGCUGGCGACUCCUUUGGCACGCCUCGCCCGCUCGGCGGCAAGGGCACAGCUCUUGGCCCGAUCAAGGGAGGGGUGGUGACGGCCCGUCGCGACCGGCUCUUUCUGGCCAAUGGAUCGUCCAUCCACGUGCUCUCAUCCGAGGGAGUCCUCUGGCAGACCAUCUCCGUGAGCGUCCGCAACGGGCCUGCUGUGCCGCGGUGCAUCACCGUGGACGACAAGCGCGCCUACGUCCUCUUCUGGGGCGGCGUGUACAUCGUGGACGCCCACGAGUCGCUCCUCGGCAGCGGCAGCUCGUCGCACUGA